AAAUUACGUCAUGAAGAAAUUCCUUUUGAUAAGUCUUGUUAUUGUACUGUCAUAUUAGACAGUAGAAUAUAAUACAUAUGAUGAAGCAUUUGCAAAACACUUGUUUUAUUUAACAUCAGCAAGUUAUUGCAGUGAGCAACACAUAAAAAAUUGGAAUUGUGGUAAACCAUGUAAAGAAUUGAAACCAAUCACUGAUAUAUAAUUUUUCAUCAAUGCAACAAAAGAGAAUGCAGGAUAUGGAGCAUAUCAUCCUGAAACUGAUGAAAUUUAUAUAGUUUUGAGAGGAACUUUGCCAUGGAGUUUAACAAAUUGGAUUGAAGAUAUUGACUUUAUAAAGAUAGAUUAUCCUUAUUGUCCAAAUAAUUGUUAAGUUCAUAGGUAUAAAAAAUAAUUAAAAAUUAUUUUAGAGGUUUCUAUUACUCUUUUUUGGGAAUAUAAGAUUAAGUUUUAAAUAGUUUGAAAACUCUAACAAAGAAGUAUCCAUUAGCUAAAAUAACAAUAACUGGACAUAGUUUGGGAGGAGCAUUGGCAUAUCAUGCACUAGUUUAUUUAACAACUGUAUUAUAAAUUAUAUUAUAUUUUAGAGAGGUUUUACUAUAAGUAAAUUUUAUACUUUUGGAUCUCCAAGAGUAGGAGAUAAGAACUUUUUUUCUUAUGUGAAUUAAUAACUAUUUCCAGGACCUAAAUUUAGAGUAACUCAUAAUCAUGAUCCAGUGCCUCAUCUUCCAAAUUUGAUUUAAGGUUUCCAUCAUGUUAAUUAAGAAGCUUAUUAUAAAGAUUAUUUAUUAGUCAUUCAUAAGAAGUAUUUAUUUAUUAAUAAUUAAAAGGGUUUAAUUAUGCAAUGAUAAUUUAAAAGAAGAUGACAGUUGUUCUAAUGCAAAUCUUGUUGAUUUAGCUGUAUCAGAUCAUGCCAAUUACAUGGGCUAUGAUAUGACAUUAGAAUUACUCACUUGUUAGUGAUUUAAUUUAAAUUUUAUAGAAUAAAUUAAAAUGUAAUAAUCUGAUCCAAAUUAAUCUUAGAAUUGGGGUAAUAUUACUCAAACAUUUGAGGUUUAAGCACCAUAACAAUAAUAAUCUUAAUAGUAAUUUAUUCCUACUCAACAAACUAAUACUUCAUCUUAUCAAUAUUAAUAAUAUGGGUAAUAAUAGUCACAACAAGUAACAUAUGGAUAGGUACUUAAAAUUUAAAUAUACAAGCCUAUUGUUAGUAAUGUUUAUUCUUAACCGGUUCAAGUUGGAACACCUUAUAUAUAGGGAGUAGUAGGACAGUAUUAUCUUUUAUAUUUAGUAAUUUGAAUAUUCCUCCAUCAUUUAAUGCUAAUGGUGCACCGUAUCCUGCUUAAAUUAUAUGUCCCGUAUGUAAAACAUAAGGUAUAACUAAUGUUACGACUGAAAUUGGAGCAGGAACAUAUUUGGUAUCAUGUCUUCUGUUUUUAUGCACUGGGUAUAUAAAUAUAAUUUAUUAUCAAUAGAAUAUUAUGUUGUUGGGUUCCAUGUAUAAUGCCAGAUUGUUAAGACAAAAUUCAUACUUGUUCAUCAUGCAAAGCAGAAGUUGGAAUUAGAUAGUAUGAUAUAUGUUGA